AUGUCAUCUCCUGUUCUUUCUCCAGCCUCUUCCAAGCGUCCUCCCAAGCUCCCGCCCAAAGAUCUCCUCGAAGCCGAAAUCUACAUCCCGGGGAUCAUGAUGCCUUUCUCUUCCAACUUUAACUUCACCACCGCCGCAGAAGCCAUCGCCAAAGACCGUGCUGGUCGGCGUGGUGUCCUCCCCACUUCUCACCGCGAGGGCCCUCGUCAGGUUGAUGAUCGCCCGGACGUGUAUGAGGCCAUCUUGCUCGCCCCCGGUGAGAACAAGAUCGACGUUGAGGUUGAUACCCGCCUUCCCUCCGCUGCCAUCUUCACUUUCCACAAGGAGGACCACACGCUCGCCAACAUGCUCCGCACCCGCCUCCUGAAGACUGCACACGUCAUCUUCGCUGCGUACCGAGUCCCUCACCCCCUGACCCCCAACUUCCAGCUGCGCGUUCAGACUGAUGGUGAGGUCACUCCCCGUGACGCCGUUGUCAACGCUUGCCAGGCCCUGAUUAAGGACCUGGGCAUUCUAUCGCGCGAGUUCACCAAGGAGUACGAGCUGCGCAAGAUGGCCAACGCUGCCAACCAGCAGCAGAACAUCGGCGAGUAA